GCCUUCCCUAGCUGCUUGUGCUUCUCUCUCUCGUCAUUUCGUCGUUUUUUUCGCCGGAGUCGUCGCGAUUUCUGCAUUCCCGCGGCACGCUGCCAGCUCCGAUGCAGGUCGAUUCGCGCGCGCUCCGUGCGAUUGCGCUCGAUUGAGCUGGGGAGACGUGCAGCCCGUCCGUCCGUCGCCUUGUGUUCUGUUGAGGUCGUGGCGAUAUCGGCGUCUCUCGUGAUCUUUAUGAUCUGCGCGAGGGAAACCAUGUGUGAUGAGGGAGAAAAGACCUGUCCUCUCUGUGCUGAGGAGAUGGAUUUGACGGAUCAGCAAUUGAAACCUUGCAAAUGUGGAUACGAGAUAUGUGUCUGGUGUUGGCAUCACAUAAUGGACAUGGCAGAGAAGGAUGAAACAGAGGGGCGUUGCCCAGCAUGUCGAUCACCUUAUGACAAGGAGAAGAUUGUAGGGAUGGCUGCGAACUGUGAGAGAUUGGUGGCCGAAAUUAAUACAGAGAGAAAAACGAAAUCUCAAAAGGCAAAGACGAAGUCUUCAGAGGAGAGAAAGCAAUUGGGUAGUGUUCGGGUGAUACAACGAAACCUCGUGUACAUAGUCGGCUUGCCUCUUAACUUAGCAGAUGAAGAUAUUCUUCAACAGAGAGAAUACUUUGGUCAGUAUGGGAAGGUUCUUAAAGUAUCUAUGUCUCGGACGGCUACUGGUGCCAUUCAGCAUUUUCCAAACAAUACCUGUAGUGUAUAUAUUACUUUCUCAAAAGAGGAGGAAGCAAUCCGUUGUAUUCGGUCUGUUCAUGGAUAUGUGUUGGAUGGUAGACCAUUAAGGGCAUGCUUUGGAACCACUAAGUACUGUCAUGCAUGGCUUAGAAAUGCGCCCUGCACCAACCCAGAUUGUCUCUAUCUGCACGAGACUGGAUCUCAGGAGGAUAGCUUCACCAAGGAUGAAAUAAUUUCAGCAUACACAAGGACUAGAGUCCAGCAAAUGACAGGCAACGGCUGCUGUAUGCAAAGGCGCACUGGAAGUGUAUUGCCACCUCCAUUUGAUGAUAACUGUAACAGCAGCUUGCCUUCUGCCACAAAACCAAAUAUCAAUAAUGCUUUAAAUAAUGCGGCAAGCGUGGUCAAAGUUUCUCUACCAAAUGGAACCACUGCUAGGUCAGCUACUCUUCCUACUGCAGCUUCAUGGGGACAUCGUGCUCAAGCUGCAAUUCCAGGAUGUUCUGAUAGACCCUACAAAGAGAAGUCUGAGAUGGCGAGUGGUGUACCCACAACUGUAGUAGGUGCAGAAGCAGCUCCAUAUUCUAUACCGCACGGUGAUGGGGUGAAAAAGCCACCCUUGAAUGAUCAAAAUUGUAUAGCAGCUAACAUUAUAUUGGGCUCGUCAAGUUGUUCAAAGCAGCACUAUUGUAUAGAGUCCGACUUCUCUUCGUCAGUUAAACAUGAUGUGACAGAUGGGACUCCGACUACUAAUAUUACAAGUGGCAGGUUAUCCGAUUUAGUAAGUAGCAAGGAAGGUAGAAACAUCAUUAGCAUGCCCCAGAACAAUGUAAAAUCUUCUGGCAGCACUUGGGAAUCAACCAGUACUUAUGCAGAAAAAGAAGAAUGUGCUCAAAUUAAUGGUAAGAUUCAGAAAGUGUGCUCUGACGUAUCAUCAUUAAGUGUGCAUGGAAAACUCCAGGGCGAGUCAUCAGGUGCUCCAGUGUCUACGUUUUGCAUCUCUGAUCCAGGAUGGAUUGGAUCAACGGGGAAUCAGGGUUUACUGCAACAAUCAUGCGUGGAGAACUAUAAAGAGUCUUUGCCUUUGGCAGAGGUCCGCAAUGUUCUAUCCAACAGGGACAGGGAGGUCUUUGUACCGACUGAUCAAUUGCCAACUAUGCAUUCUCAAGUUGCAGAAGAUGUAUUACGUUUCAAUAAUCAAAGACUUGAAGAUCCAGAAGUCUUUGAUUAUUCAACUUCUUUCUCUAGUUCUGGAAAUCUGUCUCAUGUGUCAAAUUGUUCCACAUCUCAUUCUUUACAGCAUAGUGAGGUGCUUGACAUCAAUAAUUUAAGUGCCGGUCUAAUACCUGUAGAUAGUAAAAUGAAAGAAAGAAGUUCAGCAAUAUCUAGUCGAUACCAUGGAAAGAUGGUAAAUGAUUGUGCUGAAUUGGAUAGAACUUCUGGAGUUAGAGAGAGGCAAUUUGGAAUGUUGCAAGGCGAUGGAUCUAAAGUUGAGAUGCAUGAUUCUUUAAAAGCAGGUGAAGGCAGUAUAAUCUCCAAUAUCUUGUCUCUGGAUUUUGAUUCAUGGAGUGACUCAUUGACCUCACCUCAGCAUUUGGCUAAUCUAUUGGGUGAAUCGGACAAGCGUGGAGGUUCUGUUAGAUCUUCGAGUUACCGAAAAGUUCAAAACAGCAACCAGUCCAGGUUCUCUUUCGCCAGACAAGAAGACUCAAUUACUCAUGCAUUUGAUGUUGAUCCGCCUUUUACUAUCACUGAGCAGAUGCCUAGAAACGGAUCUUUUGAUGAAGAUUUUGGCAAAAAUUGUCGUUCAUACUUGCAUAAUCCUGCGGUUGUUAAUGGGUCUCUUUCGAGAUUUGAGGAGGUAGGCAAUCGUGCUGCCUCUCGAUCGGUUCUUUCAUCUGUAGGUUCAAGAUCUCAGAUUUCAGCUCCACCUGGUUUUUCAGUUCCCAAUAAAGCACCUCCUCCAGGGUUUUCUUCUCAUGAGAGAACUGAUAGGAAUUUCGACACUUAUUUGGGGAACCAUUCACCUGACAUCAACUUGUUGAGAAAUUCAUAUCAGACGCAACCAAAUGCAAGUGUCAGCAGUACAGGCGACAUUGAAUUCAUGGAUCCUGCUAUUUUAGCUGUUGGCAAAGGGACGGUUCAAGGUGGUUUCAAUAGCCCAGCAUUCGAUCUUGGGUCAUUAUCUCAACAACUGAAUGCUUUUGACUGUGAUUUUGGACAUAAUUUAUUGAUGAAAAGAUCUUUGCCUGCACACUCGAAUUUAAGAUACGAGACGAGCGCUGGCUAUACUUCUCUUAAUGAUUCCUUUGACAUUGCUCCGAGGAUUUUUGAUCAGUCGCAAAUGGGAAAUGUAUCAUCUUACACACAGCUUUCUGUCCAAAGGAGUAUGUCCAAUGGCCACUGGAGUGGUUGGAACACCAUUCCUGGUGGAGAUGGUCUGGUUAUGGCCGAGCUGCUUAGAAAUGAGAGGCUUGGAAUUAAUAAGAUCUAUGACAGUCUGGAGAAUCAGAAGUAUUGCAUGCCUAGUUCAGGGGAUCUGUAUAACAGAUCAUUUGGGAUGUGAUUUCCAUCAAGCACAAUGUUUACUGAUUGUUUGUGAGGGCUGCUGUUUAUCCAUUUUGUGCAAGAUAGCACCUUACUUGAGAUGGGACAGAAUCUCGACAGCUCUCGCUGGGCCUACUGACGGAUUGAACUUUAGACAUUUGGUGGUCUUCAUGCUUCGCAGGUGAUUUCUGUCGUGGAAUAUGUGCUGAACACGUAAGAUUAGCAGUGCAGUGCGCUGCAUGAUCAACCUGGCAGUGCCCCUACUGCUGAUCACUGUCAAUAGAUGCAGACAUUGAUCUCAACCCUCUGUCUCGGGCUAACAUUGUAUCUGGAGCAAUAAUGCAGCAGGAAAUAUUGAGUAGGAAAUGUACUGGGAAUGAAUGCUCUCUUUGGUGUUCGAUUGUUACUUCGAUCUGCCUACUUGAGCACUUCCUCUUGGCCUUCUUAUCACCGACAUCAGAAGGUCGUCUGGAUUUCUGAUGGUAAUUCAUCACCAAGCUACUGUUUGGUUCUGCAUCCUUUAGGGAGUGAUGCGUUGCAGUACACACUUAUUGCUAUCAGCUCCUUGUUAUACUAAGCAAACGGAUGUAAAAUUCUUGUCAGUGUGUUCAUGUUCAUGUUGAAUUGAUUGACCUAAAAUAGUAUUAAGACCAAUUCAGUACCAGUUGAGUUUCA